CCAGUAGCUGCUCACACGCCAACCUGAACAUUUGUGCCGUUGAGAGUAAAGAGAGCAUAGCAUCACCAUCAAUCAUGCAACCGGCUUUCUUCCCACUCAUCCUGAUUGCUGUACAUGGGUUUGUACCGGUGGAUUGUACACCGAGGCUCCGGGACCCAGAGCGCCUUCUACAACGCCAGCAGAGCAGCUUCAACACAGAAGCACAUGUGGAUACAUCCGCUGGUUUCCACUGGGAGCUGAGUGGAUCAAUGAGGAAAGGCAUUCACAGACACUUUCUGGUUAUUUUGCCAGUAAGAACAGAUACAAGCAACUUUGUGUCAAUAUUUGAUAUGAGAAGAAAACGCUUCCUCUGUAUGGACUCAACGGGAGAGCUGUACAACUCUAGGCAAAAGGACACAGAAGAAUGUCUCUUCCAGCGCAUUUGGUUAGACGUGGUGAACCACCGUGACGUGUUUUACUCUAUGAGCGGGGGCCGGCUGCUCAAACUGGAGGGAGCUGAGCUGCGAGUCGCUCACCAGGAGCCACCUGAACCCUCUUCGGCCCUGGUGGAGAGGUUCCUGGGUGCCUCGGUCAAGAGACGGAGGAGGAGCGAGGAAGUGAACCCCUCUGAUCCGUUAAGAUCACAGUCACAUCCUUCACAUCCGACCACGGAUCACAAGGAUGCAGAUCACGGGCAGCCCGAUCAGGACCAGACCGGUGCUGUGUCCAAAGAGACCAUCACCUCCUGUGAUGACCCCCUACAGGUCUUGCGGCCCAACGGCCCUGUCAGUCCUGUCAAGACUAAUAUUGCAGACCGAGCAGAACAAGACUAACAUACUGAACUUGGGUUUAAUGAGUGAAAAGUCAAGAAGGGCUGCAAGUCUUUUUGUUUGUUCUGAAAACUCACUUCAUGUUUGACUGCAUGUGGGAUCAGCGAGAGCCACAGAGUGACUUACAAAGGGCCGCUAGAGUCAAACUGACACUGGAAAACAAUCACUAUUUUACAACUUUUGCAAAAAUAGAUAGUAUUUUAUAAAAUCGUUGAAUCCAAUUUUUCAGAAUUUGUUUUUAUGGUGUUAUUACUCUCAGUAAUGUGCUCCUAAACCGUGUUACAUCACAGCAGCUCGUUCUGAUCUUCUGUUUGAACAGCAGAUGAAGGAUAAGCUUGGCAACAUUCGACACAAUCAUGCAGCAAGUUUGGUCCAGCUUCCUGCUGACCUCUUCUGUCGGUUAAAUUUUAAACCUCGAGUCAGAUGUGGCAAUGUUUGUUUUGCAUAUGUAUAAUGUGUAAUCUGUGAGUAAUUAUGAAUAUUUAUACGUACAUUUGUUGAUACAGUAAAGCUUCAUAACAGGAGUUUACAAACUAAACAAAAAUAGAUCUGAAAAAUCUGACAUUUCAUAAUACAGUCAUAAACAGGAUCAAAUUAUGUCAGGUGCCGGACACCAAUAGUCACAGCGAUGAAAAGGUAUUUAUUUAUUGAAAUGUGUUAAAUGACUUCCUUCUUAGCCUACUGUUGUAUUAUUUAUAUAUUUCAUGAUGUGUUAUUUCUGAUGUGGAAAAAUAAAUGGUAACUAUCCUGUG